GGUGGACCCGAAUGCCUGGGUGCUUCUCCGCUGCUCCUAGCUGGGAAGGUCCCGACUUGACAGCUCCGGACGACUGGGCACAGCACCCCGAGACUGCCCGGCAGAACCGAGCUGGUGCUCCCGGGGCAGGGAGCCUGCGCUCACUUGGGCACCCACUACCCGGGCAGCCACGCGGGGCGCGCACUCCCACGCCCUCUGCGCGCGCGUUUGCUGGACGCGAUGGACGCGGCGCUGCUCCACAGCUUGCUGGAGGCCAACUGUAGCCUGGCGCUGGCCGAGGAGCUGCUGUUGGACGGCUGGAAGCUGCAGCCCCUGGACCCCGAGGCUCCCUUCUACUGCAACACGACCUUGGACCAGAUUGGGACGUGCUGGCCCCGGAGCGCGGCCGGAGCUCUGGUGGAGAGACCCUGCCCAGAGUACUUCAAUGGCAUCAAGUACAACACCACCCGGAAUGCCUACCGGGAAUGCCUGGAGAAUGGGACAUGGGCUUCGAGGAUCAACUACUCACAGUGUGAGCCCAUUUUGGAUGACAAGCAGAGAAAGUACGACCUGCACUACCGCAUUGCCCUGGUCGUGAACUACUUGGGACACUGCAUUUCCAUGGCUGCCCUGGUGGCGGCUUUCCUGCUGUUCCUGGCCCUGCGGAGCAUCCGCUGUCUGAGGAAUGUGAUCCACUGGAACCUCAUCGCCACCUUCAUCCUGCGAAAUGUCACGUGGUUCCUGCUGCAGCUCAUUGACCAUGAAGUUCACGAGACCAAUGAGGUGUGGUGCCGCUGCAUCACCACCAUCUUCAACUACUUCGUGGUCACCAACUUCUUCUGGAUGUUCGCAGAGGGCUGCUACCUGCAUACGGCUAUCGUCAUGACCUAUUCUACCGAGCGCCUGCGCAAGUGGCUCUUCCUCUUCAUCGGAUGGUGUGUUCCCUGUCCCAUCAUCAUAGCCUGGGCCAUUGGCAAACUGUACUACGAGAACGAGCAGUGCUGGUUUGGCAAGGAACCUGGUGAUCUAGUGGACUACAUCUACCAGGGCCCCAUCAUCCUUGUGCUCCUGAUAAACUUUGUGUUUCUGUUCAACAUCGUCAGGAUCCUCAUGACAAAGCUGCGGGCGUCCACUACCUCUGAGACAAUCCAGUACAGGAAGGCGGUGAAGGCCACCCUGGUCCUGCUGCCCCUGCUGGGCAUCACCUAUAUGCUCUUCUUUGUCAACCCCGGGGAGGAUGACCUGUCACAGAUUGUGUUCAUCUACUUCAACUCCUUUCUGCAGUCCUUCCAGGGUUUCUUUGUGUCCGUCUUCUACUGUUUCUUCAAUGGAGAGGUGCGUUCGACCCUGAGGAAGAGGUGGCAUCGCUGGCAAGACCACCACACCCUACGCGUGCCCGUGGCCCGAGCCAUGUCCAUUCCCACAUCUCCCACGCGGAUCAGUUUCCACAGCAUCAAGCACACAGCUGCAGUGUGACCCCCAGGAGCCCACCUGCCUCUCCCAGUCCCGCUCUGGGCCCUGCUUGCUACAUGGGUCCUGCUGGGGCAGCGGGCAAGGGAGAGCCCAGUGCCACAGCAUGGCAGGAAGGAGCUGGUGGAGCAGCCACGGAAGAGGAACUCUAGGGGACACUAGGGGAACUGGGAACAGAAGGGCUUCCUGGAACCUUGACAGGAGCUGUUUAGGCGUCUGCCUACCCCAGCCUCUCCCUGGGUCCCCACUGUAGCUCCAUUCACAGGUGGGAAAACUGAGGUUGGCAGUGGGGGGAGGGUAUGUGCCAGGCGGAGGAGUUGAGGGUUUGCCAGGGUGUCUGGCUUCCACCUCCAUGCUCAGGGCAUGUUGUGCAGGUGGUGGAAGCAAGGACUAGUUCCUCCCAGGAGCUGUCACCAAGAGGAGCCUCCUGGAGCCCAUCUCCUCCCCAGCCAGCCCGCCACCUGCUCUCAGGCCUCUGGAAAGGGUGCAGGCUUUCAGGCCCAGCUUCCUCUCCUGGGGGGUGUGGGAGGAACAGGCACAGUCACCUUGCUUAGGACAAAUUACAGCCGAAUCCCCAGAGUCACAGCCAAUGGGAAUAACAGGUGUGCCUAUGGGGAUCAGAACCCAUUCCCCAGCCCUUCAACCACACCUGCAGCCCUCCUCAGGCCACUUGACCAGGCUCUGGAGGGGUGGGCCUGUAGGUCAUGUCCCCAUCAGCCUCAGUGGCAGAUAUGCAUCCUGCACCUGCCUUCCAACCUGGAGUAGGUCUAGGGUCUCCAUGGUCAAGAGCCCACAGGUCUAUCCCUCCCUCUCCCCGUGCCCCAGCCAAGGGCAGUUGAUUCAGCAUGGGAGAUAGUGUGGUUGAGGCUCUGGAGUUUGGACAGGCACUGCCCUUCGGUUCCCAAGAGCAACAAACAGUGGGGCAGUCCCCGGGUGUGGCCUCCACAUCAACCCCCAAGGAUGCCGACUGGGUGCUGGAAGACAGAAGCCCUUGGGUUAUUGGCUCCCAAAGCAUUUUUAUUCUAGGUAUCCCCCCACCUCCCCACCCUCAACAGAAAUAAAUGUGAAAAAGUCUGUA